AAGGAAAAACAUUUGUCAUGACGUUUGUUUACAUGGUGUAUUAAGAUAUGUGGAAUACAUCGCUGUGUUUGUUGCUGUUCAUUGAUUUUGGUUAGUUUUUGAUAAACGUGUACCAUGGUGAAUUUUGAGGAACAUUUUUGGGGUGAAAAAUAUAAUGGUUUCGAUGUUCUGCAGCAAAAUUUUAAGCUUGGCUUGAAUGCUAGUAAAGAAUUUAGUGAAUUCCUAAAAGAAAGAAGUGGAAUAGAAGAAACAUAUUCUAAAAGUUUAGUCAAACUUGUUAACAGAUGCUCCUCAGCUAAUUCACAUAUCGGUUCGUUUGAGCCCUGUUGGAAAUUUCUUCAAACAUCAACUGAAAAAUUGGCAAAUGUACACAAUAAAGUUAUUCAGAAUUUAGGCGAAGUUAGCCGUGCUGUCAGAGAUUACAGUGAACAACAGAAGGAAAAACAAAAGCAGAUUAAGGAUGAAUUUACAUCCACUUCAGAAGCUGUAUUACAUUUUCAAAAUCAAACAUCUGCUUUAGUAAAGGCAAAAGAGCUCUAUCAUCAGCGAUCACUGGAAGUUGAAAAAUUUAGAAAGGACAUUACUGGUACAAGUACAAAAGAUAUUAGAAAUGCCGAGGCUAAGUUCAAGAAAUCAACGGAGGAUUACAAACAACUUGUAGAAAAAAGAGAAACAGCAAGAAAAGACUUUCACGAAAAAAUGACUGAAAUGGCACAGAAACUACAGGGUGUUGAGGAAGAACAUUUGAAAACAAUGUUGGAUAUCUUAUCAAGAUACAAUGAAUCCGUAAAAGUUGAACUUUUUCUUCUUCAACAGACUAUUGACGAGUUUGAGAGAAACAUGGUAGCACUGACAGUAGAAAGCCUUCUUCAGCAGUUUAUCAAUGUUAAACAAACUGGCAAGGAAAAACCACAGACAAUCGAGUUCAUGGAAGCAACAAUAACAUCAAAGCCUGUUGAUAUUGAUGCUCUUACACAGUCAUUAAAGGAAGAAAAAAAGAAGAAGAAAGCGGAAAAGAAAGAAAAAAAGGCUGGUCGUAAGAAGAAGAAAGAAAAAGUGUCUGCUAAUGGCACAGCGGAGAAAAUAACGGAUGAUAGUGCAGAGAAUCAGACGGAAUUGCAAUUAGAUGAAGAUGGUUAUGUGAUUCGACCUGCGGACACGGGCAGUAUACAUUCUGGCAGGUCUAAAGACAGCUUCUCGUCAGAUUCUGAAUCAGAUUCAGAUGAGGAAGGUCGAAAAAUUCAAGUUCGAAUAAAACCUGUAGAAGAAUCAAAAGGAAGCAAUUCUGACCUGAGUGAAGAUCAGCUAAAAAAACUGAGUGCAACUCUAACAUUAAUGUCACCAUCUACAGUGCAACAGAAAUUGAGCCAGCAUCAUGAUGACAGAAAACACGUGUCAGUAUGGGGAAGCCAUAGUAGUCUAAACAAGUUAUCAGCCAAAUCACGGUCGAACAAUGAUCUUCUCAACUUGGAUAAAAACUCAGACACCGCAAGUUUACAUAGUUUACCUGUUAAUUCUUCAAUACCUGGGAUGGAGAACUCCUCCCCGGCUGGGUCGACUAAUCAUAAUUUCGAUGCUUCUUUCGCCUCACCCUUAUCGUCACCAGAUCAUUUGCGCGCAUCCUUCACAACUUCUCCAUCAGAAAGUUUCGAUAAAUCCGCCGAAUCUCUCACCAUUAUGGAACACAAAGGUUUGACAGACGAAUCGGCUCCACCACUACCUGUAAAAAGCCGGUCAAUAUCUCUCAAUGCAUCUGCGUCCAGUGCAGAUUUCAAUGCGGAGUUUGAGAAAAACGCAGAUCACAAUAGAACUCAUAACGAACUUGAAGGAAGGUUGUCUUCGGGUAGCAGCACAGCUGUUAAUUUCACUAACAAGCUUUUCUCUAUCGGUAUGCCUGAGAAAACAUCCUCUCUACCGCCAUCAGCAAAGUUAAGUACGAACCUAGAGCCACUAAAACCACCUCCAAGUGAGAAAAGACCGGUUAUACCUCCACCGUCAUCAACAGGAAGUAGGGGAGGUCUUUCCAAUGCGGCUUCCUUGCCACGCCCCAAGCCGGGACAGCUUCCCAGCCCUCCUGUUGCGCCACCUCGCCAGCCUACGCAUUCAUCGUCAAGCAUACGAAGCGACAACAGUCAAAGCUCGUUGACAGACUUACUAGAUAUAAACUUUUCGACAAUACCAAACGUCCCUGUAUUGUCGCCCACUGUCCCAGAGAAGGAAAGCACAACUUCGCAUUGGGUUAAUCCUGAGACAUCGUCUAGCACAGACAGGCUACCUACUCCAAGUUUGUCGACUGACAUCAGCAUACCACCUGUCAUCAGCGUACCACCCGACAUAAGAAUACCACCCAGUCUGCCACUGAAAAGUGCAACUCUUCCGGCGAGCGGACCACCUACCACCACUACAUCGACGGCCGGAGAAAGAGCGAUUCCUAUCGCUGUUGCGUUUAUCGAGACAGUCAAUGGAGUGUUUAAAGGAUCCGACGAAAAUAGUAGCGUCAUUAAAAUCACAGGAGACAUGACCAUCUCCUUUCCAGCGAACAUCAUUGCGAUGUUGUCAAAUAACACGUCGCCGCCCGUCCUUUCUUUCCUUGUGACGGGGACGGCGUCGUUAGAACAGAUAUUUCCAAACAAAGCUUUAGUCGAAAGGGGCGGUCAACUUCCUGGUGGUGAAGGCAUGAUGUUUAAAUUCAAUAUGGCAGCUCUUUCAGCGUAUCUGAAGAAGCAAGCGGAACAGGGUGCAAAAGCAUCAUAUUACAACAUUGACAUACUGAAAUAUCAAGUACGAUGCAGCGGUAUGGCGUCGGCUCCCCUUCAACUAUCGGCGUACUGGCGUUGUGACACGGAACAGACGGACCUAAAAAUCGAUUAUAAAUACAACUGCAACUGCAUGUCAUCGCCUGUUCCAUUGAACAAUGUUUCAGUCGUUGUACCUGUUGAUGGUGGUGUGACAAUUAUGCAGUCAAAACCUACAGCUAUAUGGUCGAGUGAGCAUCAACGAUGUAUGUGGAAACUCGCUGCGAUAUCUUCCACAGUUGAUAAUACCGGUGUAAACGCACUACGAGCACGAUUCGAUAUAACAAGUGGGCCUACCACACCCGUCCCGAUCGCCGUCCAAUUUACUGGAGAGGGGAGCACGAUAAGUUUGUUAAAUUUUGAUUUAAAAUCACCGGCGUACAAGUUGUCGCUUGUGAAGAAAAGAUUUGCUUCAGGGAAAUAUAUGGUCGAAGCAAGCUAAUGAAAAUUCUGCGAAUAGAUGUGGACUAUUGAGAACUCAACUAUAUUUGAUCAGAAAGAAACACUCUCUUAUGAAUGAAUGAAUAAAUGAUUCAAAGCUAUGGACAUGUGAUGACAAGCCACAAUCGUCACAAUCUGACAAUAUGAUAAACACCCUAAUUUGCAAACUCGCUUAUUCAAAACUUCAAGUUUGAAGACUUGUUAAUUCAAGUUUGUUUUUUUAAUUUGAAAUCUCAAGGACAUUUUCAAGUUUUGGCACGACUUUGUUCAAAAUACCUAAAAAAAAUACCUAAAAUUCGUUUGUUCAAACUUUUUUAUAAUCAAAGACUUGUUUAUUCAAAAUACUUUCAAAUCUGACCACGAUAGAACUUUGUCAUUGUCACUGUUACUUCGAACGCGCGAGUUUGCAUUCAAGGGAUGACCAGGACUUAGAUGACUAGUUUUUUUGUUUAUCUCAACAGUGUACAAACAAACAUAUAUUUUUGUCAUUUGUUAUAAUUACAUUGCCUCAUUGUUUAUAUUUUAAUGAAAAUAUAUGUUACUCCAAUUAAA